UUUAUAAGAGUUUCUAUUAUAUUUUUAUAUGAAAUCAUUUAAUGUUUCGCUAAUAAGUAAUAAUAAAUGUAGCAUACACAACUAGACUAAGAAAAGUUUACUUAGUUGAAGCAGUGAUAAUGAGACGCAAAUAAGAGGAACAUUAAAAUCAUUCAGAGAUAAGAAACAUCUUGCAUCACAAUUGUAUAGUAUCGGAAGUCAAGACCAUGUCGGAAUUGAGUGCUGAACAUCCUAGAAAUCUCAUACCAGAACUGUGUAAACAGUUCUAUCACUUAGGAUGGGUCACAGGUACAGGAGGAGGAAUAUCAAUAAAAGAAGGAGAUAAAAUCUACAUAGCGCCCUCUGGUGUUCAAAAGGAGAGAAUGAAGCCAGAUGAUUUGUUUGUACAAACUAUUAAUGAUGAAGAUUUGGAAUUACCACCACUGGAGAAAAAUUUGAAAAAGAGUCAAUGCACUCCACUGUUCAUGUUGGCGUAUCGUGACCGCGGCGCGGGCGCUGUCAUACACACCCACUCGCCGCACGCCGUGCGCUGCACACUGCUCUAUCAUAAGGAAUUUGUUAUCACACACCAGGAGAUGAUAAAGGGUAUAAAAGAUUCCCAACUAGGCCGCUACCUUCGCUAUGACGAGAAACUAGUUGUACCAAUAAUCGAGAAUACACCGUUUGAGCGGGACCUGGCUGCGAGCCUGGGGGAGGCUAUGCUGCAGUAUCCGGGGACCAGCGCAGUCCUGGUGCGAAGACAUGGCGUCUACGUGUGGGGGGAUAGCUGGCAGCAAGCAAAGACCAUGACGGAAUGCUACGACUACUUAUUCGAAAUGGCUGUAGAAAUGAAGAAAUUAGGCCUUGAUCCGGCUUACAACCCAGAAACUUCGAAAUAAAAAUAAUUUUAUAUUUUAUAUAAGUGUUACUACCUUUUAUACACAAAUUUUUA